CCAUUGUCUUAGCAUUUGAGGAGACUACCACAGUCGAUAUUGAACGGCUUAUGCCGCCUAUUCCAAGUGAUUCAAAGGUCUUGAAGAUGUCCGUUGCAGAAAUGAAGAAGAAACUGCAAGAAUUCAGAGUUAUACCAGAUCUCAUAGAAGAGACUCCAAAAUUGCCAAUGAUGGUCGAAUGGGUAGAAGAAGAAGCAGAGUUUGGGAAUUAUAUCGAGAGAUACAUUAUCAAAUUGGCUCCUUUUUGGGUCGAGUGGAAAUGCGAAAAAUACGAUUUUCACACUGUGAUGAUGCUUGGACUUGAUGAGCCGUCUGCGACAAACCCGUAUUUACGCCAAUAUCAAUUCUGGAUUAUGGGCAAUGUUGAGGGAUUUCACGUCAUUAUUGGCGAGGAACUAACUGCCUGGAUACCACCAAGACCUGCCAACGGAUCUGGACCACAUCGUUAUGUCUUUCUAGUCUACCUCCAACCUCAAAAACUUGAUUUCAUGGAAUAUCAUUUGACAGAAACUGAUUUUCUUGAUCGAAGAGGCAACUUUUCUCAUCAAGCCUUCGCUAAAAAGUAUAAUCUGGGCAAGCCAAUCGCAAGUAAUUUUUUCAUCGCCGAACACGAUCCUCCACCACCGUGGUAGUCACGUACUUACUCAGCCAUAGUUGCAGCCCUAAUAAUAUUGCAGGUAAUUUAAAUAUCAAAGGUGACACUACAUAAACACGUUCCUACAUAAAUUGCAGUUUUCCAAAAUAUAUUUAUUAGAAGGUAUGUAUGUGUAAGUCGCAGAGACAAAUAGAGACCGAGCACGUUGGCUUUUCAGUGAGGCACAUCUAAUUCUCGGGGAUCCGACGGAACAACAGUCAUGUAUUUUCUGAUUUCGCCUAAAGUUGACUGAUGCUAGUCGGCUGUUGGCAUUAUGGCGGCUUGUUUACAUUCCUCCUAAUCAAUUGAAAAGCCGGAAAUUUUCCAAUUUUUCCUUUGAAACUCUUCCAAAUUGUCAUAAAAUGACUUAUUACUAGGUAAAAAAUUAAUUCGCCCCUUUUAAUCAACAUUUGUGAUACUUUCGGUGGUUUCACUUCAUGUAGUGAGAAGCGGAUUCCUCGGGACUCUGAGCCUGGUCCGCAGAUUGUUCAACUUCUUAAUGGAUAAUUUUAGUUAUCGAACUUUCUUUUGACUUUAAAUGGUGUAUAGUUUUUUCUAGAUAGUAUCAAUAUCUUGUGAUCAAAUUCUCAAUCUAUUAACCUCCAUAUCAUGUCGCAGGAUAGAGAUAUUUUAGCCAUUUGAGAUCUGUCAAGAACCUGAUCACAGCAGCACUGCCAGUCUUACAGAUACACUGUAUUGAAAUUUGAUGAAAAAAACGUUUACUGUCUAUGUCAUAAGCUGCUCACUAUGAUAAGUAUUAAUCGACUAAAAUAUACUACUUUAAAAAUAAUCUUA